AUGCUUAAAAAAAGAAGUCCACUAUCCUAUAAACAAGAAUGUGCAUUUCGUAUAUUGAAGAAAAAACUAAUAGAACCACCAAUACUUCGUACAUAUGAUCCAAAACUGGAAACACAUAUAACAACAGAUGCAUCCGGUCAUGCUAUUGGUGCCAUAUUAACACAAUUGGAUGAAAAUAAAAUUGAACGAGUUAUUGCAUAUGAAUCAAGAAAAUUAACACCAGCUGAACAAAAUUAUCCAGUUUAUGAACAAGAAUUACUAGCUAUCGUUCAUGCAUUACGUAUAUGGAGAUGUUACGUUGAAGGUAUCCAAUUUACAAUAAAAACAAAAGCUGCAAAUAGUGUUAAAUUUAUAAUAACAACCGAUCAUCAUAGUUUGCAACAUUUACUGACACAAAAACAUUUAACACGGCGACAUAUUAGAUGGAUUGAAGAAUUACAACAAUAUUCAUUUGAAAUAAAAUAUACAUCAGGAUCAACAAAUAAAGCAGCUGAUUCUGUAUCGCGUAUUAAACAUCAACAAAAUAAUGACGAUAAAGAUUUAGAAGAUGAUUUACCGAAAGGACCAGCCUUAUUGUUAACAGAUGUAUUCGAUUUUGAAUUAGAUUGGCCAACACAUGUGGCUACAUAUAUGAGUGAUAAAUAUAUUAAUGAACAAAUAACUGAUAAACAAAAAAAGAUAGAAAAAAAUCCUUACUAUACCAAACGAUAG